AUGAAGAUUUUUGAACUCAUUAUUCCACUCGUUUUGAUUUUUGGAAAGAUUUCCUGUUCUGCUGGAAAAAAGGAGAGCGACCGCGCUGAGGGUCGUGAGAAGAAUAUCACAACUCCGACCGUUCACGAAAAACCUGAUCAGAACUGCUCCAAAGAAAACAACUGCUCUACUGCGAAAAAUGAUAAUGACGACGUUGAAGGUCCUACAAAGAAUAUCACUACCCCGAUCGUUAUGAAAAAUCCAAAACACAAGUGCCCUGGAAAGAAAGGCUGCGCUAAUGGAACUAAAGGAAAUUCUAAUAUCCUUCCCCCUCAGCCCACUGUGGUUGUCACUACUCCAAACGUUCUCACUAAUCCAGGACAUGUGGAUUCAAAUCAAAAAAGAAACUGCACCGAAGAUUACACCGAAGAUUGGUAUAUAAAAUACUUCGAUUUGUUCGACCAGACGUACAUUAAUUACGCUGACGGUUGCAAGAAGAAAUUCAAGGCGGCAAUGUUUUCGGACAAACUUGCGACGUACCCAUUGGCAAAAGGGUUUUUGCACCUCACUAACAAAACAUUAAGUUUUUCUUCACAGGACUUGGGUCACGACCUAAUUAAGGAUUUGGGUCACGACCUAAUUAAGGAUUUGGGUCACGACCUACUUGAUUUGGGUCACGACCUACUUGAUUUGGGUCACGACCUACUUGAUUUGGGUCAUGACCUACUUGAUUUGGGACAAGACCUACUUGAUUUGGGACAUGACCUACUUGAUUUGGGUCAUGACCUACUUGAUUUGGGACAUGACCUACUUGAUUUGGGACAUGACCUACUUGAUUUGGGUCAUGACCUACUUGAUUUGGGUCAUGACCUACUUGAUUUGGGUCAUGACCUACUUGAUUUGGGUCACGACCUACUUGAUUUGGGUCACGACCUACUUGAUUUGGGUCACGACCUACUUGAUUUGGGUCACGACCUACUUGAUUUGGGACAUGACCUACUUGAUUUGGGACAUGACCUACUUGAUUUGGGUCACUACCUACUUGAUUUGGGUCACGACCUACUUGAUUUGGGUCACGACCUACUUGAUUUGGGUCACGACCUACUUGAUUUGGGUCACGACCUACUUGAUUUGGGUCACGACCUACUUGAUUUGGGUCACUACCUACUUGAUUUGGGUCACUACCUACUUGAUUUGGGUCAUGACCUACUUGAUUUGGGUCACGACCUACUUGAUUUGGGUCACGACCUACUUGAUUUGGGUCACGACCUACUUGAUUUGGGACAUGACCUACUUGAUUUGGGUCAUGACCUACUUGAUUUGGGACAUGACCUACUUGAUUUGGGACAUGACCUACUUGAUUUGGGACAUGACCUACUUGAUUGGGUCACUACCUACUUGAUUUGGGUCACGACCUACUUGAUUUGGGUCACGACCUACUUGAUUUGGGUCACGACCUACUUGAUUUGGGUCACGACCUACUUGAUUUGGGUCACUACCUACUUGAUUUGGGUCACGACCUACUUGAUUUGGGUCACGACCUACUUGAUUUGGGUCACGACCUACUUGAUUUGGGACAUGACCUACUUGAUUUGGGUCACGACCUACUUGAUUUGGGACAUGACCUACUUGAUUUGGGUCACGACCUACUUGAUUUGGGACAUGACCUACUUGAUUUGGGUCAUGACCUACUUGAUUUGGGACAAGACCUACUUGAUUUGGGACAUGACCUACUUGAUUUGGGUCAUGACCUACUUGAUUUGGGUCAUGACCUACUUGAUUUGGGUCAUGACCUACUUGAUUUGGGACAUGACCUACUUGAUUUGGGUCAUGACCUACUUGAUUUGGGACAUGACCUACUUGAUUUGGGGACAUGACCUACUUGAUUUGGGGUCAUGA